AUGAAAUGUGCUAUUUGCCGCCGCGACCUUUCCUUGUCAUCAUUCUCGGACGACGAAUUCUUCCAGGGUCCCGGCACGGGGCAAUGUAUAGACUGCACCAGUCAACGCACUUCUUCUGGAAGGAAGUACGGAGGCGGCAGAUACAAUAACGGGACCAGGGUUACUUUUGAAAAAGAUGCCCUGCAAAGGCCCUUCGCCGAGGGAAGUUUCCGCUGGGUGGCCAAAGCGGUAUACACAGCUGGUCCCCGCAGUGGCCAACCAUGUGUUGUGAAGUGGUUCAAGAGCAGCGAAGACCUUGCCCGGGACUAUCUCAUUCUCGACGUCAAGGCAUCCGAAGAGGCCUUGAAGAUUGUCAACCAGUUCAAUGCGGCCAAAAUCUACAAGAGCUCCAUCAGAGUCAACAUACCCCAAGUGUGGGUGUUUGAAGAGGACGCUGGGCCCGACUUUGCUGGCCAGCAACAUCUUACUGAGCCUUAUAUCGAAAACUAUCAAAAGUUUAACAGCAAUAGGGGGUGGAAUGACGAUUCGACAACGUGGGGGAAAGUCAUGCAAGCCCUUAGCCACUUUAGCUAUUAUGUUUCGGGGGAAGAGCGGCUUUUGUGCGACCUGCAAGGCGGCAUUUACCAGAACGAGGCCAUCCUGACUGACCCCGCCAUCUUGUCGCGGAAUCACAGGUUCGGCGGCAGUGACACUGGACCCGAGGGCAUGAAAGCAUUCUUCGCAGAGCAUCGCUGCAAUAAAUUUUGUAACCCGAAAUGGCCUCUGCCUUCUCGUCCGACUCAAUCCCCUCAAAAAUUUCCCGGAACCGUCAGGGUAAUAAACAGGACGUCCAAGCGUGAUACCAAAGCGACUCAAAACGGUACUGUAGUUAAUGAUAGGCAAGGAUCGUCCGUCACAUCGAGUUCGCGUUUCUCAAGCUCGCAGCGGCAGCUUAUAAAUCCGAGUGAGUUGCUUUCGCAGAGGCAGCUUACAAGUUCGCAUCAUGCGUCUUCACGGCAUGCUAGUUCGCAGCAGCAGCUUAAAAGUUCACGUUUUUCAACUUCGCAGCGGCAGCUUAUAAGUCCGCGUGACUUGGAUUCUCAGCGGCAGCUUACGAGUUCGCGUCAGUCGAGUUCGCACCAUGCCUCUUCUCAGCGACAGCUUGCAAGUUCGCGUCAGUUGAGUUUGCUGCGUGGGGGUUCGCAGUACUGA